AUGACUGUCGAUAAAGUUUCAACUAUACCUCAUCCUUUACGACCACUCUCCGCCGAUGAGCUUUCAAAAGCUCGGGAAAUUGUUGUCGGAGCGGAGAAUGCUGAUGGUUCUCUUGUAUGGUUUCGUUCGGCCCACGCCGAUGAACCGAAGAGAGCUGAAUUAGCAAGCUUUCUUGCCGCCGAGCAUGAGGGUCUUAUACCCGAGGCUAUUCCGCCGAGACAAGUCGAAUUGCUAUAUGAUGUGAUCACGGGCGGCAAGGCUCAACUCACCGAGAGCAUCGUCGAUAUCGAUGCCGGUGUCAUUCGAAGCACUAGGACGUUUGAGCAACGAUACCAGACAAGCUACACAGCACCAGAGUUUGCCACUUUUCAAGACGCGUGCGUCUCCUCAGAGAUGUUUAAGGAUGCUCUAGAGGAGUUUGUCCUACCAGAAAACUUCGUCGUCACGAUAGAUCCGUGGCCAUAUGGAGGCCCAGAUCCGGAUGAGAACAUCCCUCGGUAUAUGCAGGGUUUGGUAUAUGCCCGUGAUGCAUCUAAGAAUAACAUCGACUCCAAUCACUACUCUUACCCUCUACCUAUAAUUCCGGUGAUGGACUUCGCCACCAAAAAGUUAAUUAGGAUUGACCGCCUCGCCACUGGAGGAUCUGGCGACGGCUUAUACCCGCAACCCCGAGGUGACAAACCUAAGAAACUUUUCGAAAACUGUGGCCCUGCGGAGUAUGUCCCGGAGUUACUAGAACAGCCUGUCCGAACCGACCAAAAACCAAUCAAUGUUGUUCAACCCGAGGGUGCUUCAUUCAAGGUGCACCCUGAUAACUUAGUCGAAUGGCAAAAAUGGCGUUUCCGCCUCAGCUUCACGCUCCGCGAAGGUGCCGUAUUGCACGAUCUAUGCUACGAGAACCGGCCUAUCCUCUACCGUCUCUCCUUCUCGGAAAUGACGGUGCCGUACGGUGACCCGCGUCCACCAUUCCAGCGAAAGCAAGCCUUCGACUUUGGCGACGGUGGUGUCGGUCGCGCGGCCAAUAACCUGAAGUUGGGAUGUGAUUGUCUAGGCGCAAUCUACUACUUCGACGCUCUACUCGCGGAUCCGCAGGGUAACCCGGAUUUGGCUAAGAACGUCAUAUGCCUGCAUGAGCAGGACAACGGUAUCGGUUGGAAACAUACGAACUUCCGGACUGGCCGUGCGGUCGUCACGCGCUUGCGUGAAUUGGUUAUUCAGUUUGUGGCUACGCUUGCGAAUUACGAGUACGUCUUCGCGUUUAAAUUAGAUACGGCCGGUGGUAUAUCGGUCGAGACCCGCGCUACGGGGAUCGUGAGUGUGGUGCCGAUCGAUGAGGGUAAGACGUCGGGAUACGGGAAUAUCGUCAACCCUGGUGUACUUGCGCAGAACCAUCAGCAUAUUUUCGCGGUGCGCAUUGAUCCGGCCGUUGAUUCGUAUGAUGCGGAUGAUACGAAUGUUAUUAUUGAGGAAAGCCAUCCUGUGCCUAUGAACCCUGAGACGAAUCCCCAUGGCAAUGGGUAUGAGAUUCGUCGGAGACGGGUCUCGCGCGCUGGGUUCGAGGACGCGGAACCGAGGCUGAAUCGUGUGGUUCGGCUUGAGAGUAAGUCAAAGAGGAAUAAGGUCAGUGGGAAGAAUGUUGGGUAUAAGCUUGUCCCGAGUGCGACACAGUUGAUGCUUGCGGAUGAUCGUAGCGUGCAGGCGGCUAGGGCUCCGUUUGCAAAGCAUCAUCUUUGGUUCACUGGGUACCGUGAUGGUGAGCUAUGGGCUGCGGGUGAGUUUACGAAUCAGGCGCAUUAUGAGGAGGGCGGUGUUAAAGCGAUGGUGGAGAGGGGAGACUGGUUUGGUGAUGAGGAGGGAGAGGCAAACGGGACGACAAAUGGAGAGACGCACACCAAUGGUGUUGGCGGGAAGGACAAGGGGAGGAAGAGUAGCCCUGUAGUUUGGAGUGUGUUUGGUCUGACACAUAAUCCGCGCGUUGAGGAUUGGCCUGUGAUGCCCGUGGAGAUCCAUCAGUUCCAUCUACGACCAGCAGACUUUUUCGCUAGCAACCCGGCGCUAGACGUGCCGAGUACAAGAAACGAGAGCAGUGUGUUGGUGCCGUGCUACAACGGUGAGGGGCCGAAUGGUACACACCAGGCAAGUGGAUGCUGCAGUAGUACAAGCCUACGCACCGACAGCACCACGGUGCAGCGAAAUCCCGUAUCCCAUCUACAGGGCACUGGCCCGGACGUAGAUCCGAAGCAAAUCCCGGUUAGGGAGAAGAGGAGAUUGUCAGCGACGUUAUCAAACCUUUUCAAUUGGAAGAAGGAUUGA